AUGCUGUGUUCAAAUUCCGGUAUGGUACGCCGUGCAGUUUCUGCCUACCAGAACAGGACUGGGGCCGCUCGUGGUCGUCAAUCUAGACGCCAGCAACAAGACGAUGGGAUCCCAGACGUGUACCGGGAGAUGUUGGCAGAAGCUGAAGCCAGGGAAUACCAAGAAGCGAAAACGGGCAGACCUGGUAAGAGGCGGAAAGUGGGGGAGCGGGCAGCUAGCUCAUCUCGUCCAGAGCCUGCAAGGCAAGAAGUGAACCCACCAGAAACAAGUGAGGAUGUAGGCAAGCAAAUACAGACUGCAUAUGAUUCCACUGCUUCAGAAGAGUCAGAUAUGGAGUGGGAAGAAGUCGAUAUUCAACAAGCUCCGUCAAGCUCAGUCCAGGUGGAUCCUUAUUCCGCGAACGAGCCACUUCAGAUCACUUUGGACCAGCAAAAGGAUACUGGAAAAAGGAUUGUCUCGCGGCGGAAGCCGGUCACUGGAGCUGAGAAGAAGCUACGGCUAGACGUCCACAAGGCUCACCUUCUUUGCCUUCUUGGCCAUGUACAUAUCCGAAAUCUCUGGUGCAACGAUGAGCUGGUUCAGGGCUUUCUUAAGCAGAUGCUGCACAGAAAAGUCAAGGACUUGUUGAAUCCGGCAGAAGACAAACCGCAAUAUACUAGAUCUAUCACUUUCAUUGACGGGCUAAACCAAGCCAGCGAGGCAUUUGCAAGAAGAUUUAAAGUCACCAAACCCGGCUUGCAGCGUGCUCAUUGGGCCGAUGAUUCAAACUCCUUGAAACAGAGAGUGGAGGCAAUACUGUCCAACGCAGAGGUAAUGCUAUCGCAAGAUGACUUUAGGAGGCAGGCCGAGACGCUGCAAGGAUCCCGUGAUUUUGGCGCACAGCUCUUCUGUGCUCUGUUACGGUCAGUAGCCGUGGAAGCCCGGCUGGUUUGCUCUUUGCAGCCGCUGCCAUUUUCUAGUGCCACAACAACUGGGCCUAAGAAGUCAGAAUCGCAGUCUAUUAUGAUUUCAAUCGAUGAUAAUGAAGCCGAUGAGCAAUCACAAUCAGAUGCUACCCCAAAUCCAACUCCACCAAGAAGAAGGCUUGGGCAGCCGCAGUUUGCACCAUCAUCAUCCAAGGCCCCGAAAACAUCUGUGCGCACAGGACCAUGCCCAAGCCUCAAAGCAUCAUCGUACCCGGUAUUUUGGGUCGAAGCCUAUAAUGAAGCAGUUCAGAAAUGGAUCCCUGUUGACCCAUUGGUAACCAAGUCAAUUGCGAAAUCUUCCAAAUUUGAACCUCCCGCUAGUGACCAAUAUAAUGUCAUGAGUUACGUUGUUGCAUUUGAAGAGGAUGCCUCAGCAAGAGAUGUAACCCGGCGCUACGCGAAGGCCUUCAAUGCAAAAACCCGCAAAUUACGAGUCGAGAGUACUUGGAACGGGGAGCGAUGGUGGGCAAGGGCGCUAAGAGUCUACGAGAAGCCAUUCUUGGAGGAUCGUGACGAAGCAGAAGUGAGCGAGUUGACCGCCAAGGUGGCUUCUGAGCCCAUGCCACGGAAUGUGCAAGACUUUAAAGACCACCCAAUUUAUGCGCUUGAGCGGCAUCUUCGUCGAAAUGAAGUCAUUCAUCCCAAGCGAGUGACUGGGCAAGUCAGUCUAGGUAAAUCUGGCUCAAAGAGUCAGAAACUGGAGCCAGUCUAUCGUCGCACCGAUGUUCACGCUUGCCGAAGCGCAGAUGGAUGGUACCGUCUGGGGCGAGACAUCAAAAUCGGUGAACAGCCUCUCAAACGUGUUCGAGCAAACCGGAACAAACUCAGGAUAAAUGACGAUGGCGAAAAUGACACUACCGAAGUCCCUGUAUAUGCUCACUUCCAAACAAACGUAUACAAACCUCCACCCGUCGUUCAGGGGAAGAUACCCAAGAACAUCUACGGAAAUCUGGAUAUUUACACACCGACCAUGGUCCCGCCAGGUGGUGUCCACAUAAACCAUCCUGCUGCACCCCAAGCAGCCAAGAUACUCGGCAUUGAUUAUGCCGACGCCGUAACAGGUUUUGACUUCAAAGGGCGCCAUGGAACUGCGGUUAUCCGUGGUGCUAUCAUAGCAAGUGAAUACCACGAAGCUCUUGAAGAAGUUUUGAAUGGUCUUGAACACGAAAGGCUGCAGGCUGAGCAGGAAGUGAAGUCUGCAGAAGCACUUGGAAUGUGGAAGCACUUCUUGCUCAAACUCCAGAUCGCUGAAAGAGUCAAAAGCUAUGCUGUCGAGGGUGAAGAGGACGAAGGCGAACCCGACAUUGAUGCAGACGACGCGAGCUAUGGAGAGUUUGAAGGUGGGGGUGGCUUCUUUCCUGAGCCAGAUCAAGCUGUCAGCAGCCCACGUCCGAUAUGCACUUUCAGGAAUACCAUGGAGCAGGACUUGCCUGUGUGCGAGGACAGAGGUUUCGAACUAGAACCCGCGUUUGAAGAUGAUGAAGUUCUUGGUGGAGGAUUUAUACCUGAAGAGGCUCCACAAGAUACAACCGAACCACAACCUUUGAUUGCGGCAAAUUCUGUCGGUGAUACAGAGUAUACGAAUACCGCGCAUAGGAAGGAAUCUUCCCAUUUUAACCUCGUUGUUGUUUCACACAGCUCUAUUGGCAACGUGGACUCUUACGACAAGAUCUGCACCACCACCACCGGAAUAGCAUCACCCAUACCGGAACAUAGAGAGGAAAUUCUUGGUCAAGAUGUAUCCAAGGAUAUUGACAAUCCACCCGGCGCUCCAGUCCCAACAGCAACAGACGGCUCAAAAGCCGUCAGUGAGGAAGUAGCUCCAAGGAAUACAUCACCAACAUAUUCAAGAUUAUCCCAGGAAGACAAUUCAAGCGAGCACAAUGAUAACGAAGGGGGCUCAUUGUUGUCUGAGGAUCCUGAAGAUGAGGAUGCAAUUCCGGAAUGGUUAGUAUAA